AUGGAGUUAAAGGAGCUUGAUCCCGAGCCUGUGGCUCACUAUCGACCUGUAGAGGGCAUCGAGAAACCCAGUGGCCUUUUAAACUGGCUCAAUCCGAGAAUUUUGAGGAUUUCAUUGAGGAAAAUUCAAAAACACUCCAUCUGGCCUUUUGCUGUAUAUUUUCCUUUGCACGCCAUCAAUACGCUGAUAGUACCAGCAAUAUCACCCGAGGGAGCUCCUAAUGAUGUGCUCAUGAUGGUGCGGGAGCUUUUGCCGGGCUUUAUGUCAACUCUUUUGAGUGUUUCUGUAGCAGCUCACUUGGCUAGCGGAUUGGCCCUCAGACUGUGGAGUAUGGCAGCAAACUGGAAUAGACCGAAAAGAGCCAAAACUAGGGUGCAGGACUCUCUAGAGCGCGAAUCUCAGCGUGAGAUAGGCCUUGUAGGCGGUCUUUCUGGUUAUUUCAUCGGGGUAACAAAGCAAUUGUCAUAUAACCCACAAGUUCUCACAGGGUAUAUCCUGGCGCCUGCAAUCUUUUACCACACAUAUCUCAUGAAAAAGGUUCCACGCCAGCAAGGGAUUGACAUAGAUUUUGAUUUUGUCAAGUGGAUCUUACAGAAUGACAGCAAAUUCGUCAAGUGGUGGAUUGGAAUCAUUCCAUUAUCGGCGCUCAUAUGGACAGCAACUUAUCAUUUCGGUGCAGGUUUGUGCCAAUUUGCGCGAGUUAGGCGUUUGAGCAUGAGAAAAAGCAUGUCAACUUUGAUUCUUGGCCUCACAGGUAUGGGCUUUAUUGGUUUGUGGCGGCUUUCAAAGGCCAAUCCUGUAUUUUACAAUAGCGAAUAUCAGCGCAUUCUGCAAGCGGUUAUUCGUUAA